AUGAGCUUGAAAUUUCAUUUGUGCCUGCUGCUGUCACUUUACUGCGGCUUGGCUUUGGCCAAGGAUGGCGCUGACUCGCUGAACUUGCAACUGGAAGAGGAUAGCGUUGAGGAGCAGGAUGAUUUUUCUCGUGAUCCGAGCACUGAGCUCGAGGGAUUCAACCUAAUUGAUGCAUCACCAGCUGCCGAGGGACGGCAGGCUCCCCCUUACACGUAUCUCGGAUAUCCGUAUUAUCCCUAUUAUUAUUGGGGAUAUCCUGUGCCAGUGCUGCCCGCACCACAACCCACAACUCCAACGGAUCCGAGUGACCCGAACUCAACGCCAGCACCUAUACCAUCCAAUCCACCACCGCCACCACCACCAUUCAUACCAUUCCCAUACCCAGGCUUUGGUCGUCCUGGCUUCCCUGGCCCAUUUCCUCCUUACGGCUAUCCCCAUCAUGGCUAUCCACACCACGGUUAUCCGCCGCAUGGUUAUCCGCAUCAUGGCUAUCCACAUCAUAGCCGUCCACAUCAUGAUCACUCACAUCAUGACCAUGACCACGACGAGCAUACGACCCGCAAGCCACACCCAACAAAGCCCACCACCACCGAAACUUCCAAGCUCUGCAAGAAGAUUUUACAUUUGGGCAUUGUCUGCUUCUAA